UGAAAUUCAUCAAAAAAAGCAAAAGCAAAACUAACACAAUUAAUCAGAAACGUAAUCGCAUCAAAGCAAAAUCAACUUUUGGACAAUAAUCGAAAAUUGACAAAAUUGACACAACUGUAAAUAGUAAAGAACAUCAAGUAAAUGAUCACCGCUCAUAUAUGCCACAUAUGUGACUCUGAUCUCUCAUGUGUGCGUGUCAAACCAAUAGCAUCCUAAGCAUUCUAUGUACUCAAUGCAAAGCAAUGCGUCGUGCAAACAUCAAACGUGGUCAAUGUUUGAGUCUAAGACCACAAGGUAGCAGCAAAAUGGAUCGUUAUGAGAAGCUCAGUCGCCUAGGCGAAGGCUCCUACGGUGUUGUCUACAAAUGUCGAGAUCGGGAAACGGGCGCACUUGUAGCCGUCAAAAGAUUUGUCGAGUCUGAAGACGAUCCAGCCAUACGGAAAAUAGCAUUGCGAGAGAUAAGGCUGCUAAAGAACCUGAAACACCCGAAUCUGGUGUCCCUAUUGGAAGUGUUUCGCCGCAAGCGUCGCCUGCAUUUGGUCUUUGAGUUCUGUGAGCUGACAGUGCUGCACGAGCUGGAACGCCAUCCGCAGGGCUGUCCCGAGCCGCUGACCAAACAGAUCUGCUAUCAGACACUGUUGGGCGUGGCGUAUUGCCAUAAACAGGGUUGCCUGCAUCGCGACAUCAAGCCAGAGAACAUACUGCUCACGGCCCAGGGUCAGGUGAAGCUGUGCGACUUUGGUUUUGCCCGCAUGCUCAGUCCGGGCGAGAAUUAUACGGAUUAUGUGGCGACGCGCUGGUAUCGAGCACCUGAGCUGCUCGUGGGCGAUACGCAAUAUGGAACGCCCGUGGAUGUGUGGGCGAUUGGCUGCCUGUUUGCGGAGCUGGUUCGGGGCGAAGCGCUGUGGCCGGGACGCAGCGAUGUGGAUCAGCUGUAUUUGAUACGCAAAACAUUGGGGGAUUUGCUGCCGCGCCACAUACAGAUUUUUGGACAGAAUGAAUACUUUAAAGGCAUAACGCUGCCCGUGCCGCCCACGCUGGAGCCACUCGAGGAUAAAAUGCCAGCGAAGGCGUUGCAAAAUCCGCUUACCAUAGAUGUGCUCAAGAAGUGCCUAGACAAGGACCCAGCCAAGCGCUGGUCCUGCGAAAAGCUGAUUAAGCACUCCUACUUCGAUGACUACACGGCCAAACAGCGCGAACUAGAUCACAUCAACAGCCUCGAGGCGGCCACACUCCGGCAGCAGCAGCUCGCCUCCCAGCAAUUCAUGCUGGCCACCGCCGCCCAACAGCUGCAGACGGGCGCGGCUCAGGCAGCGGCCAUUGCAGCGGCGCGUGAUAAAUCAAAGACUUCAAACACCUCGUUGCCGCUACUGCCGAGCAACCAGCAUCAUCAUCACCAUCAUACGCAUCAGGACUUUGUGAAGCUGCAGCCGUUGAACAAGAAUGCGGCCAUGCUACAUCGCACCGAACAUCAUCUGCCCACCAUUUGAGCUGCACUGAACUCGACUAUUUUGAUCUUACGCUCUACGACUUCGGCUCACAGCACUUUGGUAUUUUACUGCAGUGUGUGCAGCAAUAGCAUUAGUUUUUCCUUGACUACUUCAAUAAAUU